CAGGAGCGGUGCUUCCUACCGGCUUUUAUUUAUAAUCAGUAUAUAUAUUUCUUUCUUCUUUCGUUUCCACUCGUAUUAUUAAAUAUAAUGUUGUACAUAAGUACGAUUACGCCGCAGCACUAACUUAUGGUAAACGUGCAGCCUUAAACAGGUCUUAUGUUUACAGAGGAACAUGGUGAAGAUGAUGAGGAACCGCCUUGGCUGUUCAGCUUCUGUGUUUUUUAUGUUGCUGUCGCCGUGGGUGGUGCUGGCUGCUCCGUAUCAGACGGGACAGGCGUACCCGUGUCUGCGCUGUCCUGCUGGACAGGAGCCGUCCAUUGCGUGCAGCAAAGUGGAGGGUCUUGAUGCGGUGGUGGAGUGUCGCCAUUGUCCACCUGGCACUUUCUCGGAUUCCUACGGUCCAGACCAGUGCGCUGUACACACACAGUGCAGGAGUCUGAACCGGCAACUGUUGACAGCUGGCACCUCGGAAUCUAAUGCAGCAUGUGGAGCCUGUCUGCCUGGGUUUCACCCUGUACUGAGUACACAGAGCUCCUCCACCCUGUGUUCCCGCGAGAGGACCCCCCUGGUGCGUUUGCGGCGCAAUGCAGGAAAGAACGCUCGAGAGGGCGGAGCUGGAUCAGGAACGGGCGGGGCGAACAGCACAGCUGUGCACGCAGCAGAGGAGAAGACUACAGAGUAUGCCGUGUUUGCUCUCGUCCCUGUGUUCUGCGUGAUAGGCCUGCUGGGCAUCCUCAUCUGCAACCUGCUCAAGAAGAAGGGCUAUAAAUGCACUACAGAGAAGGAGAAUGCAGAGGGGGAGGCAGGUACGCCGCAGAAAGAGGGUAAUCCUUGCCCUUAUGUUAUAGAAGAUCAGAAUGAGGACACCAUAAGUGCAUUGGUACGCCUCAUCACAGAAAAAAAAGAAAAUGCAGCUGCCCUGGAAGAGUUGUUACUGGAAUAUGAAAAGAAAGAAACAUGUCCUAACAAACGAUCAUCAGUCAAGUUCCCUGGCUUCUUCCAGUUCCGCUCAUUGCCCAGGCUCUGUACUCACAAUCAACAUCUUCAUACUAUCAGUGGGUUGGCCCCACAUUCUAAUCUUGGUUGCUCACGCUGCAGUCAGAAGAAAUGGCCACACGUGCUGUUUCCGCUCACCAUCGACACAAAUAAGACAUCCUGUGCGACAUCUGUCGACUCCUCACCUGGUGAGGGCAGUGUCCUCAAUGUAGGAAGGUUCCAGGUGGCUCAUAUCCUAGAGGGUGACCCAGUCUCCAUGGUGACGACCCCACUGGAGUCCAGUGACACCGAUUCAAUAGAGUGUACUCACAGAGAGUCUGCUGAAGAAUUAUCCCUUCUGGGCAUGUCCUCUUCUGCAAAAUGUCCUUCCUCAAAGAGCAAACAGAAUAGUGAAAAGUGAAACGAAUUUAAAAGAACGAGUGGAAGAAAAAGUGAAACAUCCAUCAUUACUCUUUCAUCAACACCACGUCGAGCACAAUCUCAUCGGUGGGCUCCGAACGAAGGGUAGAGGCUGACGCAGGAUGGAAAUAAAUUUUACCCCUAUGGGGAGCAAGUCUUGAAUUCUGGAGAAAAAAAAAAACAGCAAUUCAUCUUACUAAGUGUUUAGGAAAUUAUUAUGUUAAAAAAAAAGAAGAAAGAAAACAACUUCCCUCAGGUCUUGCAAGCUGAGAGUUAAAAUUUGUAAAUGAGAAAACCUUAAAGAGGAGAGGCGAGACCCGGCAUGGUACCCUGAAACAAAAUGUGAAAUAUAACUGAAUAGUAUGGUAAUUGUAGUGUAAAGUUUAUAACUUUUAACCUUGAUAGAUAAAAGAGACAUUUUAACAUUGAUGAACCACAAUAGACAGGCACAGAUACAGUCAUGUGUAAAAGUUAGUGUCCCCUUUUUUCAUUUUUUUUUGUACAAAAACACAAUAAAUCAUCUUAUCAUAGAGGGUCCUAUUAGGGCAAAUACAACCCCAGACGACCUAUAACCUUUUCAUGCGGGUAAUACUAAGUACCCCCCUACUGUUUCCACAGGAUUUAGGAGGAUAAGUCGUAGGCAGGUGCUGAUAAUCAUCUUACAGCCCUUGAUUAAUUGAUCAUUAGCAGGUAUGCAGACCACUACAAAAGCACUUUGCAGGUCUGGAGCAUUCAGGUGUAUGUUAACACCUAAAAGACAUAAGCAAUGGUCUUAGACAAGCAAUUGUUGAUGCGCAUUAAUCUGGAAAUGGUUAUAAAACUUGUUUGAAAUUCAUUCUUGCAACUGGACAAAGAUCUACAGCAUACCAUUUUUUUCAAUCAAAAGGGUGAAAAAUAAGGUUUUGGUAUAGCCUAGUCAAUGUCUCACAACAAAGCUGUGCAUAUGCAAAUGUCCAAAAACCUUUAAGCA